UACAAUCACAUGAUCCCGGGGACGGUGUGGCACUCACAACUACAAGAAUCUAUCUUAAGUGCCCCUCAUUCAAGGCUGUGGAAACUGAAUGGUCGCUGAGCAAGCGGUGCAAGAACUACCUGAGCCAUAAUGGAAGUGGUUUCAUCCUGGAUCCCAGCUAUUGGCUUCACAAUCUUGCCUAAUAUAGGGGGCUUUUUGACAGCCUCAAUAGUCAGGAGGGAAAUGAAGUGGUACCGAUCCUUGAAACUGCCACCCUGGCGUCCACCAAACUGGCUGUUUGGACCUGUGUGGGGAAUUUUAUAUACAUCAAUGGGAUAUGGAUCUUACUUAGUAUGGAGGGACUUGGGAGGUUUCAAUGAAAAGUCCUUUGUUCCUCUGGGACUGUACGUGGGGCAAUUAGCCUUAAACUGGUCAUGGACUCCUACCUUCUUUGGACAACACAGAAUAGGACUGGCACUGGUCGUUCUAAUUCUUACUACAGGAGCAGCAACAGCUACAACAGUGGCUUGGUGUCAUGUGAACAAAGCUGCAGCAUGUUUGAUGUAUCCAUACAUAGCUUGGGUAGCGUUUGCCUCUCUGCUCAAUUACCGCAUCUGGAGGGAUAACCGUGAUAAGAAAAACUAGGGAAAGUUUGUUAUUUUUAAAAAAGGAGCACAAUUAAAGUUCCACCAUCAUUAACUGGCCGUUAUAAUUCCACUCUCUUAUUGUUGUCUUAGUAGUUCAUGUUAAUAGAGAUUUGGGGAAUAAAAAAGGGGAAACUGA